AUGGCGAAACUACUGAACGUUGUGACGGGACCAGUGAUGCCGUACCUUGAUAUAGUAAAGGACAAGAUCAACAGUCUGUGUGCUGGACUGGCGCCAUGGCAGGUGGUGGUUUACUCCUGUGGUGGAACACUAGUCUUUAUCACCGUUAAAAACCUCCUCCUUUCCAAUGAGGAGCAAACACUUAAGAAGAGGACACUGAACAGUAUCUUUCGGUAUGUGAAGAUGAUUCCUGCUGUAAAGAGGAAGGUUGCCGAAGAGAAGAAUAAAAUGCUGAGUGAUAUGGAGGCCAGCUUCCAUAAAAGUGUUGAGGGGUACCAGAAAGCUCUUCCAGUCAAUGGUCUGAAAAUGGAGGAAGUUGAGGAGCUGUUGUUACAAUAUAAAAAUUUAGCCCAGGUGGAUUGGGAGAAUGGACAGGUAUCUGGAACUGUUUACAGUGGAGAGGCAGAACUCACUGAACUCAUGGCCAAGACAUAUGGAAUGUUUGCUUGGUCCAAUCCAUUGCAUCCAGAUGUGUUCCCUGAUGUGAGAAAAAUGGAAGCAGAGGUUGUCCGUAUGUGUUGUACCAUGUUCAAUGGCGAUGAAAAUUCAUGUGGUACGAUGACAUCAGGAGGCACAGAGAGUAUUCUACUGGCUUGUCUCACAUACAGAAACAUCGCUCGCGAUAAUGGUGUCAAUUUCCCAGAAAUGAUUGUACCUGUUACCGUUCAUGCUGCUUUUGAUAAGGCGGCAUACUACUUCCGAAUGAAAAUCACACACAUUUCUGUCGAUAAAGUAACAGGGAAGGUGGACAUCAAGGCUAUGAGGAAGGCUAUUAAUAAAAACACAUGUAUGCUAGUUGGAUCAGCACCUGGUUUCCCUCACGGUAUUAUAGAUGACAUUGAAGAAAUUUCUGCACUUGGAAAGAAAUACAACAUUCCAGUUCAUGUUGACAGCUGUCUAGGCGGCUUCCUAGUUCCGUUCAUGGAGAAAGCAGGCUUUCCAAUUCCAGCAGUAGAUUUCCGACUUCCGGGGGUUACAAGUAUAUCAGCAGACACACAUAAGUAUGGUUUUGCACCAAAAGGGUCAUCUGUGAUCCUGUAUAGAAAUCCAACGUUCAGACAGCAGCAAUUCUUUGUCCAGCCAGAAUGGCCAGGUGGUAUCUACGCGACGUCCACUACAGGGGGCAGCAGGGCUGGAGCCAUUAUAGCAGCAUGCUGGGCGACCAUGAUGCACAUAGGUCUUGAUGGAUAUGUGGAAUCCACUCGCAAAAUUGUCAAGACAGCCAGAUAUAUAACAAAGGGCCUGAGGGACAUUGAUGGACUUAUUGUUUAUGGUGAGCCUCUGAUGUCCGUGGUUGGAAUGGGAUCUGACAGGUUCAACAUAUUCAGACUAGCAGACAUUCUGACCAGUCGAGGAUACAACCUAAACGCCCUUCAGUACCCAGACAGCCUACAUCUAUGUUGUACUCUGGUACACACUAAGGAGGGCGUGGCAGACAAGUUCCUCAGCGAUGUACGUAAUGCAGUAGAGGAGAUUCUAGCUGAUCCACAGGACCAUGAGAUUGGUGGCAUGGGUGCCAUAUAUGGCAUGGCACAGAGUAUCCCUGACAAAAAGAUGGUUGGUGAGCUGGCUGGUUGUUACCUGGAGGCAGUGUACAGUACUAACAAGGAGUAAGGACACAGUAUAAACAAAAGUGGCAGUGCUCAAGGACAGAAUACAGAUUAAAUGAUGUCUAUGAAGAGAACCGAACAAAUUUUGUAGGGCCAGGAAAGACUCGCCACUGUCUUUAGAGAAAAACAGAUGAAGCACUAGAAAAAGAGAGACCUGAACUUCCUCUCUAUGGAGAGUGCAGACCUUUGGAUGUAAACAGAUCAAGCAUUUUCCAUUGGGAAAGCACAGACUUCGCACUCGACUAACUGUAAUAGAAGGCAGGCAUUGUGCUGUCUAUAGAAAGAAACUGAUGUUGUAGUUGUAGAGAAAGCACAGACUUGGCAUUAUCCUUUGAGUGAGCACAGUACUUCCCAAAUAGAGAAUUUAUACAGGCAUUUUGUGAAUGAUUAUGUAUUUUAAUAUAUUUUUAUGUAUUAUUCCCUGCAGGUGCUGUCAACUGAAUAUGUGAUAACACAUUUUUCUGUGUGAAAAACCUGUGAGUUUGGUGAUCAUACAAGUAGUAUUUGUGUGUUAACACAUUUUCCUAUGUGAUAAGUUUGGUGAAAAUAACACAUGCAAAAUACUUUUGACUAUGUGUGAACAGAAUUAAGAUAUUGUUAGAUAUUAAUACUGAUAAUUGAUGGUUUUGAUUUUAAGGAACUUUAGAUGUGAUAUUAGGAGAUUUUUAUAUAAUAUUGUAUCAGCUGUAUGCUGGAGUAAGCCGCUCUUUAAAACGGAGCUUUAGGGGUCCAAGUAACACAUUGUUUUUAUUGUUUCUAUUGAAAGACUUGUGUAAGUAUUUAUGUUUUAUAUUGUUACACAUUUGGUGAAUUUUACUAAAAAAAAAUUUU